GUGACGAACUGUCAACUAUAUAUAGUUCACAUUUGAAUCUCAAAUCAUACAAAGCUUCUCAGUUUACAAAAACCUUAAAAAAAAGUCAUCAUGAAAUUGAUCAUUUUUGCUUGCCUCAUCGCUGUUGCUGCUGCCGGCUUUGUUCCAUCAGCACCAAUUGCUGCUUAUUCAUCACCAUUGACUUAUUCUGGAUAUUCUCCAUUAGGCUACUCGAACUUCUACAACACUCCUACAGCAUACAAUGCUCCUUAUUAUCGCUCAUCAUAUGGAUAUCAAUCAGCUCCUUUGGCUUACUCAGCUUCUCCAUACUAUAGAAGCCCAUCCUUCCGUUCAUAUCCAUUCUAUUAAGAAUUUUAAUUUUUUGCAAUAACCUUUUUUGUUCUGUGCAUUUAAAUAAAGUAUUUUUUGGAUCCGUUUAAAGCUUUUGUGU